AUUCCCAGUGUAACCAUUCCCGUUCCGGUUGCAGCGGCGGCGAAGAAGAAGCCCAAGAAGGGGAAGACGUUGACCCUCACGGAUUUCCUGGCGGAGGACGGGGGGGGCGGCGGCCCCACCUUCAUCCCCAAACCCGUCAGCUGGGCCGACGAGACCGACGACCUCGACGCCUCCACCACGUGGCACAGCAACGACGACGACGUUUACCGGGGGCCGCCCAUCGACCGCACGCUGCUGCCGACGGCGCCGCGCGCCGCCCGCGAGCCCAACAUCGACAGAAGCCGCCUCCCCAAAUCCCCCCCGUACACGGCAUUCCUGGGAAACCUGCCCUACGACGUCACCGAGGAGUCCAUCAAGGAUUUCUUCCGAGGCCUCAACAUCAGCGCCGUGCGGCUCCCGCGGGAACCAACCAAUCCCGAGCGCUUGAAAGGCUUCGGAUACGCGGAAUUCGAGGACAUCGACUCCCUCUUCCAGGCCCUGAGCCUCAACGAGGAGUCUUUAGGGAACAGAAGGAUACGAGUGGAUGUGGCGGAUCAAGCUCAGGAUAAAGACCGGGAUGAUCGCUGCUUCGGGCGGGACCGGGACCGUUUCCGGGACUCGGAGCGUUUGGAGAGCGACUGGAGAGCUCGGCCGGCAAAUCCCGACGCCUUCGACGACUUCCCGCCGCGCCGGGGCGACGACGGAUUCGGGGACAGAUACCGGGAUCGUUACGACGACCGGUACCGGGAUGGGCCCCGGCGGGACAUGGAUCGAGGAUUCGGGAGCCGGGAUCGCUACGACGACCGGAGCAGGGACUACGACCGAGGGUACGAUUCCCGGCUGGGCGGGGGCCGUCGGGCCUUUGGCAGCGGAUACCGACGGGACGACGAUUUCCGCGGAUUCGAGGAUCGUUACGAGCGGCGGGAGGAGCGGAUGGAGCGCUGGAAUUCCAGGGAUGACUACGGAAGGGACGACUUCCGCAGGGACGACAGAGGUCCCACCCAGAGGCCGAAGCUGAACCUGAAGCCCCGGAGCGCUCCCAAGGAAGAGGAAAAUUCCGGAGCUCCGGCUCAGUCCUCCCGCGCCGCCUCCAUCUUCGGGGGGGCCAAACCCGUGGACACGGCGGCAAGAGAGAGGGAGGUGGAGGAGAGGCUCCAGAAGGAGCAGGAGAAGCUCCAGAGGCAGCUGGAGGAUGACAAGAGGAUGGACAGGAGACCUCGGGAAAGACAUCCGAGCUGGAGGAGUGAAGAAAACCAGGAGCGAUCCCGGACCGGGAGCGAAUCCUCUUCCCAGGGGGGGCCCCCGGGACCAACCCCCGGCCCCCCCUCCCAACGCUGUGAGUCGGGAUUGGGAUUGGGAAUAUCCCAAAAAUCCUUGGGAUCACCCCAAAAUCCUUGA